GUUGGCGAGGGUGUGGCCGCGGUUGGGGGUGUUGGUGGAGUUGGGGAGGGGGAUGAGGGGGGGUGGUGGUGGUGGUGGUGCGAGGGAGGGGAGUGUGGAUUUGACGGGUGUGGUCAGCUAUCAUGGGUAUCCGUGGACGAGGGAGGCGUCGUUGGUUGGGGUGUCGAGGGCGGGGAGUAAGAGGGCUAGUGUGGUGGGUGCGGAUGGGCGAGCUCCUGUUGUCCCGCCUGUCCCGCCGACACCGCCGGCAAUGGUUAUGCAUCGCACGCCGACGACGUUGAGCUUGAAGAGUUUUGUGAGUGGCAUGGCGCCGAGGAGCCGGGGGCGGUUGGAGGGAGAGGACAGGACGGGGUUGCUGGUGGAGGAUCAAGGAGGCGAUGGGCCCGGUUCGAGGAGGAGGAGCUCGGUUGGGUUUGAGGCGUAUUACGAACAGUUCCUUGGAGAUGUUGAUAUGGAAAAAAGAAAGAGUCGUUGCAUAGCGAGGACAGAGGCACGGCGCAGUCGAGGGAGUCAAUGCUACAGCGGAGGAUGGACGUAUAGCCAGGAAAGCUUCGUCCUUGGGAUGAACGACCCGCAGAGUCCAAAGCGGUUGAGCCCAGUAUCAGGGCUGAGUGAGCUUUCGAAGGCCGAGUUAAGGAACACUGGAAGCAAUUACGAGAAAGACACGCUAGGGUGAGAAGAUGGGAUUUUAGAUACAUGAAAAAGAAUAUUCGUCAGUCCCUUCAGUCCUAUUACCAUACGAUACCUAGACUCCAUGAUAGUAUACCCAAAUAGUCGUUACUUGUAUCAGUUAACUUACACGCUACUAGUUGGAAGCCAGACAGGGCUUGGCAAAAAGGGGUAAUUGACAGCCGG